AUGUACUGUUCCAACAUGCCUUACUAUGACGAGAGUUUUAUUCAUGAUGACAAUCAGAAUCAAAGAAGGAAUAAACGAAGUUAUCAUGUUUAUAAAACCAACAGCCCUCUCGCUUUCCUGGAACCGAAUGAUGUCAUACACACAAUCGAUGAUAGGGGGACAUCUGUGAUUAAAAGGAAUAUAAGGAACAUUAAAUAUCGUGGUAAUAAGUACAGACCCGAUACUACAACAUCACAUUAUGUUCCUAUUUUAAGAAGUAGAACUCCAGACAGAUUCACUGCGAAUUAUCCUCGGAUAAGUGCAUUCGAUCCCAAGAAGUUAUAUGACAUACGCAAUAAUAACGUACCCCAAUUAAUACCGUGCAAGAGUUUCGAUAACUUAACUCUGAGGUAUGGAAAAAAGGUUGUGGUGAAGGAUAAAAUCAGAAACGGUAAAAGCCUUCAAGACCUAGUGCGUGUAGAAAGCAUAAAACAUUACGUCUCACCGGCUGAAGAUUAUUUCGUGUCACGAAAAGCCGAUUUAAAAAAUUCGUAUUCCGUGAUAGAGGCACGACUGAAACCUGUGCAUCGGCGCGUCUCGAGGAGCGCAGCCCCCGGUGUCGGAGUUUAUAGGAAGAUUAGCGGAGAUAACAAUGGACCUAUAUGUGUUAAAGAGAACGAGGUCUGCGGUGAAGCGGGGUCGGGGCACCGCGGUUCAUUGCGCGGCGCCAACAAACUAGCACGACGGGCGCGCUCCUUCAAGGACGACCUACUGGAGCGAAUCUCUAACAUGAGGUCUCCAGCACAGCCUCCUCAUCCGCCUCAUCUCUCCAAUAUCAGAUCGCAUUCCCCGCUUAGUCCGAAGCCUCGUAAUAUGGGGGCGAAGGUUGCGGACGAGAGCGAGAUUACGCCUGCCAAAGAACUCGAACGGCUAGUCAAAGAGGUCACAUUCGGCUUGAAACAUUUCUCCGAUGUCAUCACAAAGAGGAAACUGGAAAUGUUGCCGGACAACGGCACCAUUGUGUUCGAGUCUAUCGCGAAUAUACACAAAGCAAUAAAACCAUACUGCAGUCGAUCUCCACCACUAAUGAGUGCUGUGAAGCGGCUAUGUACGGCGCUAGCGAUGCUCAUACGUCUAUGCGACGAGGUUACCGUGGUCAGUUUGAGGGCGGAUGCCAAUGAUACGGAAAUGGAGAUAUCAACGGCGGCCCUCUCGCCGGAGCACGUGAGCUCUGUGGUGAAGAGUGUGACGUCAUCAGUGGAGGAGGUCGCCAGCCUCGCACAGCAGCACAUGAUCAGACCAGCAUUGUCUCCACGACCGGCUGUCGUCUCGCCUAGAGCAUCUGCACAGAGGAACUCCUUGCCUGAUAUUCCCCUGACUCCUAAGGAGUUGUCCUUACUGACUGGUGCCCCGGGCGGUGAUGCGGCUGGUGUUCGUGCCUCACACUCCUCGGAGUCAGUACUGGACGCACCGGACACGCCGCCACCUAAACCAGCACGACCAAACAGGAAAAUCGACUUGGCCCCACCGUUACCGCCCAAGCGCAAGUCCGCGAACGACAACUCCCUAUUAGGACUUUCCAUAGACAGACUCUCUCUUCAAUCACAUAGCAGCGGUUCUUUGGACUCUAUGUUGAACGUGUCAAACGACGCUCACGACUCAUUGAACCACGAUGUGUUCGUGCCUCCAAAUAAUUCAGAAUUGAUGGGUAUAUGUAGCUGUAAUAACAUGAGUGAAAUGCGAACAUCGGUGGAGUCUCACGAGUCUCACAUGAACAACAUCCACGGUCAUUCAAACCACAACCGUUUCUCCAACGAAUCAGGCUUCGUGUCCGUCGGUCAUUCCGAGAUAUCUACUGAACACAGUUUUGUAUCUACGUUCUCAUCUCACCACUACUCGAGCCACACUGACAGUACUUUUGAAAGUACAGAGUAUGUGAGCGAAAUGAAGUGCACAGUACAGAGCGUUGAGGGGCGCGUUAAUAUGUACGUGAACAGUGGAGGAGACAAAUUAGCGAGCAUCACGUCAGACGAGUCAGAGACUCCGCCUGAGCUGCCAGUGAAGACUCGACGGAAUAUUCGGGCUGAUAUGCAACAGUACUUCCCUAACGUCGAGAUCAGAAAAGCUCCUUUCUCCCUGCACGAAACGCGUCCCCACACGCUAGCGGAGCACAAUCACCAGCGACCGCCGCCGCUGCCUCUCAAGAAGAAACAUAUGUUUCAAAGCGUCGCGUACAGUGUAAUGGCCUACAUGGAGAUGUUUGGUAACUGCAGUCAUACCCUGAACGCUCAUGCAGCCAUCAAUUCAGAAGCGCCACCUGAUAUGUUCCGUCAUUCCAUACAUACGUAUAAUUUGACCAGUGCUCAACAAUCAAGUUCAGGAACUAUAAGCGUGGGUCAUCAUCAGGUUUCGAGAACCAUGGCUUCAUCGCUAACCGUACAACAUUUAAGCACGCCACCAUUAAGUGGUUCAGAUGACAGCGUCAGUAUGAAGACGUCUAGUAGAAGCAGUCCCGUGCCGCCCGAGCCGCCCGCUCUGCCCCCCAAAAUGAGUAAAAGUAAACAGAUAAUGAAUUCAAGCAAUGAGCUUUUACCCCCGCCAUCACCGCGGCCCUCUUCACACAACAGCUCACUGGCUGAUGAGUCUAUGUUGAAUAAUGUGAGUUCAGAAGAGAUGUACGUGAGUUUAUCAUCUCCUGGAAAGUUUCCUGUGGACGAAGAGGAAUUGGAUAGACUUGUGCAGCCUCUACCGUCACCUGUACCCUCACAGCGAAGCGAAAGUAGUACGGAACCUGCGGUCACUACCGAAGCAAAUAACACGAGUGAAUCCGACCCUGAUGAUAUAAUACUUCAGACUGAUGUCGCUGGCUGGCUCUCACUGAAAGGAGCCAAUAAAGAGGGACCCGAAGUACGGGGUGGGCAUCCUGACGCGUUGAUAGUACUGGCCACAAAAGCUACCAAAGAAACGGACGAGUAUUUCGCAUACCAAGAAGCGUUCCUGGCUACGUACCGUACAUGGGUGUCUCCGGGAGAGUUAGUUCGUAAGUUGGUGCGACGCUCACAACACUUCCGGUCAAGGACGCACGACCUAAGAUCAACGCUCAGUCUGCUUACACGUGUGGUAGCAGAUCUCACGAUGGCUGACCUGGAGCGAACACUAAUGCAGGAAAUUAUGGAAUUCAUCUAUUGGUUAGUGGAAGCAGAAGAGCUACCCAUCUCAAAAGCUUUAAGGCAAAUAUUAGUCGAUAAACAGAAACAAUUGCACUUCCAAAACACAAAUAAUAGAUACGAAUACGACACUCCGUGUUACGGCAGCGUAUCUCUAAGACGGGACACAUUACUCGACUUCAAGGCCAGUGAUCUGGCGGAACAGAUGACAUUAUUAGAUUCGGCCUUGUUUAUUCGUAUAACAACCGCUGAGGUAUUGUCGUGGCCACGCGAUCAAUCCGAGGAGAGCUCGCCAAACCUCACAAGAUUCACUGAGCAUUUCAACAAAAUGAGCUAUUGGGCACGAUCUAGAAUAUUGGAACAGUACGAGGCCAGAGAACGCGAGAAGUACGCCAGCAAAGUUCUGAAAGUGAUGAAGUCUCUCCGUAAACUGAAUAACUUCAACUCAUACCUGGCGCUGGUGUCGGCGUUGGACUGUCCUCCCGUACGCAGACUUGGUUGGCCGAGGGCGGUCGCCGACGCUCUUAGGGACCACUGCGCUCUCAUAGACUCCUCACACUCCUUCCGAUCAUAUAGACAGGCAUUGGCAGAUACACAGCCACCUUGCAUACCUUAUAUUGGUCUUGUUCUGCAAGACUUGACUUUCGUUCACGAGGGUAACCCUGAUUUAUUACCCGAUGGCACCAUAAACUUCACAAAAAGGUGGCAGCAGUACCACAUCAUGGAAAACAUGAAGAGAUUCCACAAAGAGCAGUACAAGUUCAAGAAGAACGAGCGCAUCCAGGCUAUGUUCAACGAGUUUGACGACGUAUUGAGUGAGGAGACCAUGUGGCAGAUAUCCGAGACGAUCAAGCCGCGAGGAGGACGGUCGAGGAACACUUCCGCGCCCUCGCCCCCCGCGCCGCCCCCCGCACACCACCCGCCCGCCGCCGCAGCUACCUAA